AGCUGCAGCACCAGACUAUUCGGAUUUUCAGCUGGCGUAGACGACGUGUGGUUGAUAGAACGUCAACAAACGGCUCAGCCAUGAUGACGCAUUCCCGAAUGUGACAAAUUUACCUGCAGUUCCAAAUGAGCAACUUUGUGUCAUUAAUUACGUCAAGGAUGUCCCACAAACACCCCUACCAUAGGAGUCAACCAUGUUGUCGUGUCAAAGGUCAUAUGAGUUAAACUUCCUGAGGAAGCGGUGAGAGGAAAUCAACUAGGCAGGCAGAUUGUCUGUUGUUCAGUUUGGGAAUAUAACCCAGCCAGAGUAGGAGCACGGGAAAAACCAACAGGAGUACUUCAAAUGGACAUACUCUUUGCUUUUAUUCAGAUCACAUGAUCAGAUUAUUGGCCCUGUUACUUCAUUAAAAGUUUCGUUAUCAAGAGUUAUUUCCUUUGGAGCUAAGGGAUUGAUACUGUUUCGACGCCCGCCAUCGAAAUGACUAGUCACGAUGAGCUUGUUGCCGAAAUGGCAUCGCUGGAACGAAUGAGCGUGCAGGAUCGUCUUAAAUUAGCCAGGAAACGACGAGCGGCACAGCUGAAACGAUGGACGGCCAGCGACAAGGAGUUUAUCAAGAAAAGCCGGAAGAGUGGAAUCGGGCGGUUUGAUAACGUCAAGAAAGGACGGAGGAUUCAUUUUGCGCACAACAUUCAGCUGCUUGAAGCUGCGGCAAGGGGAGACAUUGAUGAAGUAAGGUCACUUCUGGAAUCUGGAGUAAAUCCGAACAUCGGCAAUGAAGACGGAUUGACCGCAUUACAUCAAUGUUGCAUCGACAACAACGAAGCCAUGAUGAAACUGCUGGUAGAGCAUGGAGCAGACGUCAACGUUACGGACAGGGAACUAUGGACACCUCUGCAUGCCUCUUCCACCUGCGGUCACGUUAAUCUUGCUCGCUUCCUGGUGGAUAAUGGAGCUGAGCUUCUUGCCAUCAACUCGGACGGGAACAUGCCUUAUGAUAUAUGUGAGGACGAGAUGACGUUAGACUAUAUCGAAUCACAAAUGGCAGAUAAAGGUAUCACACAGGAACACAUUGAUGAACUGAGAGAUGUGGCACCCAACCGUAUGCUGAACGAUCUCGUCAAGUUAAAACAAAGCAAUGAAGAUCUGGAGAAAAGGGACGAAAUUGGUGCCUCGUUUCUUCACAUAGCCGCAGCCAAUGGCUUCGACAAAGUAGCCAAGUUUCUCCUAGACAACAAUGUUGAUGUCAAUGCUAAAGAUGACGACGGGUGGCAGCCGAUACACGCUGCAGCAUGCUGGGCUCAUGGAGAGAUGAUACAGUUACUUGUAGGGUAUGGAGCAGAUCUAGAUGCCAAAACUAACAACAGUGAAACACCGCUAACAAUUUGUGAAGACGACGAUCUUAAAACUCUAAUCAACCAGUUGAAGGCUGAGCUACACGCCCAUCGCUCCCUGGAAUCUAAACUCGUCCGACGAAACUCAAGCAGAAAUAAACGCAGUUCUUCCAUAAGACGAAGCAGCAAGCGGGAGAAGGGAGAGAUGAGAAAACUAGACGCUAAGGGAGAAGCAAUGUUCAUCCAGUCACAAAACUCGACGGAUGAGCUACCAGCCACAAACAUUGAUGAGGUUAAAGUUGAUCUCGAUGAACCUCACAAUCCGCUGCUGGUGACCUCACCGUCGGAGGAAGUUGAGCUGGACAUCGAAGAUGCAGUGGAAAUCAAUGGUGCCUUAGAUACCGAUAUUAUCCCCUUGGCUGUCAUCACGGAAGAAACUCCGGAGAGCCCAGUGAGGAAGAGUAGAUUAGAGAAUGGUGAUAAGAAUGCCUCGGUCAGGCAAAAUGGUGCCGAUGGUGAGAAGGGACUUGGUGUGGCGGGCUUUCAAAGGCAGCCAAAGAGUAUCCUGAAGAAAAGGCAUGACCAAGAGGAGCCUGAGGACUUACACUCCAAGAAGAGCAAGCGGGAUAAGAAGGAGGCGGAUACCCGGAAACAGCAGCUGGAGAUGGAGAAGCAGCGAGAGCGGGAAGAGCGGGAGAGGAUUAAGCAGCAAGAGAAAGAAGAAAGACAGAAGGAGAAGGAAGAACGGGAACGGGAGAAGCAGAGACUUCGAGAGGAGAAGAAGCAGCAACAGAAACGAGAGAGAGAGGAGAGGGAGCGAGAGAAACAACUGAAACGCAAGACAAUCACAGACGACAAUGUUGCCAAGAAAGAGAAUGUCGCCAAGAAAGAGAACAAUCAAGUCGUGGAGGUGGACGACUCGGAUAAGAACCACAGCGGGGGGAAAGACACGCUAGCCGAGUUGAAACGGCAGCGUGCCUCAGAGCAUUCCAAACGGACACACAGUGGUGAAAGUAAUGAAGAGUUUGAUAGUGCCUGGUCAGAUCCGAGUGGACGCAAGAAUUCGUUUGACAUCCUGAAAGAUCAUAAAAACAGCACCAAACAGAAGAAGAGUCCGCACAUUACGCGGAAGCUUCUUCCUCACAGGCCGGCAUCGGGUAGUUACUCCUUCGCAGAGACGAGCGCGAACGACGGUCAACGCGACUCAGUAGCGAGUGAGCAGAACGGCGUCAGCGACGGGGGAACGAAUUCCUCCGAAUCCAAAUCGCUCAACAAUUCCUUCCCGGGCGAUCCUCCGCUAAAACGGUUCACAGCAACGGAGCCCGAGGUCAUUGGAGGAGACGAGGAUCAACGAUGCUGUGUUAUUUUGUAAAAAGAAGGAACACAUAUCUUUUUGAGGCUGAAUGCGGUAUUUUCUACUUUUUAAAAACUGUAAAUCUUUUAUAGUAAUGGCAGCUUUUUUUCUUCUGGUCAUACAUUGAAUUCUUCAUAUGUUUUUCCAUGCACAAGUUAUUAAUUGAAUUGAUUUUUGUUGUUCUCAUUUAUUACUUUUUAAGGUAUCAUUCCAGGGAAAUAUUUGUUGGGGUCCAAUGAAUUGAUCCUAACUCUGCAAAUGAAAUUAUAUAAAAUUAAACAAUGCUGGAUGAUGUCUUGCUUUUGCAAAGUUGAAAGGUUUUAUGCAAACCCUCGUUUUGACACUGUGAUUUUUCUCUCUGGUUAGUCUGAGAUUUCAAAGGAUCGUCAACAUUUUAAUUAUUGUACUUAAUAAUGAGACUGUAAGAUUUAAUUGUCAUGUGGUGAUCACAUGAUCAUCAUGUGAUAUUUAUAAUAAGACAUCAUGUCAAUAAAGCAACGCUUGCAGGUGCAAGUCCUAGUUUUUUGCUCAUAUUGUUUUGUACAAAAUAUCAAUUUGGACAUACCAUUGAAAAGAUUGUAGUUACUGGCAUAUGCCAGUUGAUCUGAAAACAAACAUUCAGUGAAUGUGUUUGGUCGGUAUGGGCCUUUUAGAAACCGCGGCUUCUGCUUUUGAUUCAGCUUCAGGCUCCGUUCUCUCGUCUGAAGCCCUGACCUCAUACCCCCAAAAACAUGUGCUAUUGUCAAAACAACCGGGGAGCCAAGCUAGCCUGAGCUGAACCUGGAGAUGAAGCCGUGGUUUCGAGAAGGGCCUAUGGGGAACAAACAGCUGAUAUGGUUUCUGCAGCGAAGUGGUCUUUUGUUGCCACUGUCAUUCAUAAUUUUAACACACAGUGCAUGCUUGUCUUUCUGUCUUUCAUUUUUCUGUUGCAAUGUUACACUUUUUCAAAACAGUGCAUUUUAAACAAUAAUUUCAGCUGAUAGAUUUGUAUAAUUUGUCUUUCUGUUUCCAAAAGAGUGAUUCUGUUUCCUCCCAAAGAGAGAACGAAAGGAAACGAAUGUCUUAAAUAACAAGUUAAGAGUAUAUAAUAUAUACAUAGAUAGAUUAUAGUUUUUUCUUUCAAAAAAUGUUCUGGGUUGCCUUUGAUCGAGCUAGUUGGUCUAUAAAAAGCUUUUGUAACCGUUUUUUUUUUGUAAAAUGCAUUUAGUUGGAACUGUCGUUUAAGGGUAGAAUAAAAUGAUCCACACAAAUUCGAAAUUGCACGGUUUUCCUUUUACUGUGCGAACU